UCAGGGAAGAUUUCCUAAAGGAGGGAGGCAGCACUGAGGUUUAGCGAACCAGUAGGUGGUCAUGGAGGGGUCCUGAGGACCGGAGAGCGACCCGAUCUGGUUUGGGCACUGUGGGAUCCCGCGCGGCCUCUGUGCUUCCAGGCCUCGGCCCCACGGCCCCUCCCGCGCCCCCCUCCGGGCGCCGCGCCCCAGAUGCGCGCCUUGGUGCCUGAAAAACUUUCGGGCGCUCGCACUGAGCAUGCUCGGCGACGGGGCGGGCCCGGGGUCCGGAAGCUCAGGCAACUCCGCCCGGCGCGCCUGCUUGGGGCUGGGUCCCCGAGCGAUGGUCUCCGCGGGCCCCCGCGGUCGCGCCGCCUGGGUGCUGGCCGGGGGCGCUCUGGCCGCGGCCUUGGCGCUGGGGGCACCGUCCGGACCGCAGGGCUCUCCCUGUGUGAUUUGGCCCCAUGUGGAAACCGCUCACCUGGAUACGGCAGAAGCAGUGCGUGGAGAGAAAUCCAGGGAGAAAACUGAGUCCCCCACUUCUGCAGCCUCCUCCAGGCCGAGGGCUCAUUCCUUCUUCCCCUUCGUACCUGCAUGGCCCAAGAAGAGCUUCUUUAAGAGAGAGUCCCCUACAGUGCAGAGCGUGUAUGGAGACACUUCAAGAGAAGGUCAAGGGACUUCUGAGAAUGGAGUGAUUUUUCAGAAAUGUGCACUGGUGUCCGGGCACAGCGAAUCACCGGCAGUGCGUGUGCAUCUGGUUGUGAACAACACCCGGGCACCCUUGUCAGCUAACCUCUCGGAUCUGCUCGUGCUGGACGACACCAGUGGUCUUGCUGUCAGAGACUCACCUGGAAAUAAGACCCCAGAUGGACUGCAGGCUUUCAAAAAGGAGUUCCUGCCAGUGGGCGACUCCUACCUGGUCAGCUACACCGCAUCGCUGGACCCCGGAGCCAUCAGCACCUUGGAGAGCCUGAGCCUUCCUGCCCAGCUCACGUUUCAGAGCUCCAUGCUGAACAGAACGCAGCUGCAAGCCGUCUUGACCAUAACAGUGGCUGAAAAGAUAACAGUCCUGCCCCACCACGGUCUCCACGCUGCAGGCUUCUUCAUUGGCUUCCUCCUCUCCCUGGUGCUGAGCUGGGUGGCACUCUUCUUGCUGGUACACUAUCGGUGUCUGCCUGGAGGCCUGCUUGCCGGACACAGUGCGCUGUAUGCUGAGAACAAGCUGGAGCCCUCGCCGUUUGCCUCAGCGGAUGGUAUCAGUGAGGAUCUCUCUCUCAAUGAUCAAAUGAUCGACAUUCUUACUUCCGAGGACCCCAGGAGUAUGCUGCAGGCCUUGGAGGAGUUGGAGAUUGCAACCCUGAACCGGGCAGAUGCAGAUCUGGAGGCUUGUCGAACCCAAAUCAGCAAGGAUAUCAUCGGCUUUCUGCUGAGAAGCCUGACCUGUGGAGGGCACCUCUCCCCCCAGGUGGAGAGGAGGAUAGGUUCUGUUUUGAAAAAGCAGUUUCUGCUGCUGGAAAAUGAAGUACAAGAAGAGUGUGAUCGGAAGAUGUUGGCGCUGACAGCUGAAUGUGACCUGGAAACAAGAAAGAAGACAGAAAACCAGUACCAGAAGGAGAUGCUGGCGAUGGAGGAAGCCGAAGAGUUGCUGAAACGUGUUAGUGAGAGGUCCGCUGCGGAGUGCAGCAGCCUCCUGCGGACCCUGCAUGGCCUGGAGCAGGAGCACGUGUGGAAGUCCUUGGCUUUGCACCAGGAGGAGGACUUUGCCCAGGCUCACAGGCAGCUCGCUGUUUUCCAGAGAACCGAAUUGCAUGGCAUCUUUUUUGCCCAAAUAAAAAAUGCUAUUUUCAAAGGGGAGCUGAAGCCAGAGGCAGCUAAAACGCUGCUGCAAGAUUAUUCGAAACUGCAGGAGCACAUGGAAGAGUUAAUGGACUUCUUCCAGGCUACUAAGCGGUACCACUUAAGUAAAAGGUUUGGUCACCGGGAGUACUUGGUCCAGAACCUGCAGUCCACAGAGACCCGCGUGCAGGGCAUCCUGAACACUGCGGCCACGCAGCUGACGCACCUCAUCCAGAAACAUGAGAGAGCGGGGUACUUGGAUGAAGAUCAAAUGGAGAUGCUACUGGAGCGUGUUCAGAUGGAAGUCUUUUCUGUAAAACAGAAGUUGGACAAUGACUUAAAGCAGGAAAAGAAAAAACUGCACCAAAAAUUAGUCAUGAAGAGAAGACGGGAGUUACUCCAAAAGCACCGGGAGCAGCGAAAGGAGCAGCUGUCCAUGGCUGAGGCAUCCCGAGCUGCUGGGGAUGCUGGCCAGUACCUGCAGCAGUGGAGGAGCAUGGUGGCCGAGCACAGUGCCUCCCUGGAGGAGCUGCAGGAGACCCUAGACCAGGCGGCCCUUGAUGAUGUCCGGGCCCUGACCCUGCUGCUGUCUGAGAAAGCCACCGAGGAGCUGCGUCGCCUGCAGAGCUCAGCAAUGACCCAGGAGCUGCUCAAGCGCAGCGUUCCCUGGCUCUUCCUGCAGCAGAUCCUGGAGGAGCAGGCCCGGGAGCUGGCGGCACGGACUGAGCAGCUAGAGGCUGAGGAGCGGGCGCGGGGCCAGGAGGGUGUGGAGGGCGUGAGGCGGAGGCUGCGGGACGAUGCCUUGGAGGCUGCCACUCAGGAGCAGGCAGAGCUGAGGCGCUGGGAGCAACUGGUCUUCAGGAGGCUCUGUAACGCCACCUUCUCACUGUCUGAGGAGGAGCUGCUGGCAUCGAGGCAAGAAGUCCACAGCUGCUUCGCCCAGAUGGACAGGAGCUUGGCUCUCCCCAAGGUGCGGGCCCGAGUCCUGCUGCACCGGUUCCAGACUGCCUGGCGGGAAGCAGAGCUCCUGAAACUGGACCAGGUGCUGGCUGCCCCCGAGCUACAGACCAAGGCCAGAAAGCCCAGGUCCAAGAGCAAAAGCAAGGCAGAGCUCCUGAAGAAGUGCACGGAGGACAAGCUCCGCCUCUUCGAGGAGCAGCACCUCGCUGACCUGGCAGAGAAGGUGCGCGGGGAGCUGCUGCGGGAGCGGGUGCAGCGGCUGGAGGCCCUGGAAGCUUGCUUUGCAGAGUCGCUCGUCGCCCUGCAGUUCCAGAAGGCAGCCCGCUCCACCGAGACCUUGUCAGCCUACACUGCGCUGCUUAGCCUCCAGGACCUGCUGCUGGAGGAGCUGAGCGAGUCCGAGGCCCUGACCAAGCUGGCCUGCAGCAGGAUCUUGGAGUCCCAUGGCCCGACUCCUUUUCUGAGACUGGAACAUGUGCAAGGUGUCACUAGAUCAGAGUGCCCAGUGGCAACGAUGGACACAUUUGAAGAGGAUGGACUUCCUGGGAACAGACAACAUGACCCUGGACGUCACUGCACCCGCCUUAUCUGCGGUUCAGUUGAGAGUGCUGACUGCCCCCUUCCCGGUCUGUAGCUUCCGCCCCCUUCCCUCUGCCUCUCUGCCCGUUGACUCCACCUGAAUUUUCUCACUUCCAGCUUCUGCUCAGCCUCACUGCUCUGUAACACUAGAGCUCAACAGGCAAACAGGCAGCUCCCUGCUGGUGAACACGGAGCUCACACCAAGGCCAACGCACCGUGUAAAGAGUCAAGCCCCAGGUCCCCCAUGCUGCAGGCACUGGAGGAGGCUGAGGAAGGAGAGUCCUUUAGUCAGAGUCCUUGCUGGAAAGCAGACUGCUACUCCUGAGGCCAUGGUCCUGCUCCAAUUUAUCCCUCCCUGCUCCCUCCUUCUCUGCUCCCAUCUCCCCUCUGCUGCUGCACGGGGACAUCUCUGGAAAAUAACUGUCCUCCACAGCCCAUCCCCCAGCUCUGCAUUUAAAAGCUCCCCUUUAAAAUCUGUCCAUGGGCCCUGGGCCUCGUGCCUCUCCCUCCCUGUGCUCCUAGCCCUUGAGAUACCUUCAGGCUUCCGUCCUCUUGAGGGCCCUCUUCCUGGAUUGCUUUCACUGCACUUCCUUGCAAAGGCCUCCUGUGCAUUUUCCAAGUGAACCCCAGGAUUGCCCCUUAGGCGGCAUGGGUCUCCCAGUUCGCCCAUCUGAGUUUCUAUGACCCCAGAUGGUGGUGUUUGCUUUCUCUACCUGUAUGUGCACCGUGGUCUUCCUUGCCACACUGAGGCUGCAGAAUCUGAGAGGCUUGUCUCACUUACACCGAGUGCCUGUGCCCCCAAAAGGCCCAGAACUCCCUUUCCUUCGUCCUGUUCUCUCUCUGCUUGCCUACUUUUUCUUUCUUUUUCCAUCCCUUCAUUUUCCCUUUCUUCCUCACUUCCUUUCUUUCUUCAUUCUCUUUCAUCUGGCCAGCUGUGUGUCCCUCCCUCCCUCCAUCCAUCCACUGUCGCCAUCUGUCCUCUGUGUUCCUUCACCUCAUGGAUAUCAAGUGCUGAGGAGAGGCCGCAGCAGCUGAGAGUUGGAUAAACCGAAAACCUCUCUUAGAUGUGCUCCUGCCCAGCCCCCAUAAAUUCAGGAGAUUGACCUCUAUUCUUUGUGCCUCUGCUAUCUUAUUUAUAAAAUGAGACAAUAAUAAAUUCCUACCUUGGGUUGUUUUGCAAAGAUUACAUGAGGUAAUUUAUGGAGAAAUAGAGUGAAAUCUGACGUAGGAUAGGCGUCCAGUCAGUGCUGGCUCACCUCCUUCUCCUCUUCAGCCUUCAACUCCUCCUCUUCCUCAUCCUCUUUAUUGCCCUUUCUUUCAUGAGCUGGGCCUUGUGCUCCCUGCUGCAAUAAAGAUACGCCAGUCAUGACACCCCAGAGUUCCUGCUCUCUGUGCUUAGAGCCCAGGGAGGAAGGCAGCUUAGAGCAAUUCCAGAAGUGAGUUUCACUUGCAGUUGUGCUGGGUGGCAGCAGAUAUGGGCAGAGGAGCAAGCGUCAAGUGCCAAGACUGACAUGCUGACCUCUACAGAUGAUAUACUGCAGGACACGUGCCCACCGGACGUCUGUUCCUAACCGGGGCUUCGCAGGCUGCUUGCAGAACAGCCAGCCCUCUGCAGCACCAAUUUCUCUGCUGACUGGUGGCCAGAACUAGCUGUUGAAAACCGUGCUGGGUUAUGUUCCUACUCUGCUGUGCAGCGCUGCGAGAUGCCCAUAAUUCCAGAUCCCUGCACAUUAAAAGCCUGGCUUGGAGGCUUUUGGUGCUUUCCUAGUUUUUGAGGACCAACCUCAAGUGUGUGGUCUGGGUGUCAGGUUCCCUCUGCUGUACCUCCCUGACUGUUUUCCCUUUUGUCUUGGGUUUUGAGUAGUGUUUAAGAGCCUUGAGGGGCUUUGGGACACUGUUCAGAGUCUAAUGCAAGCUUCAGCCCCUCUGCAGAAAGGUGAGCUAUUCUGUGAUCUGUCCUGCGGAUCGGUCCGUGGGCCUCACCUGGAGAAGGGAUGGGGAUGAAGGGCUGGGCAAGAGAAAAGAGAGAUGGAGACAGGAUGAGAUUCCAAUCAAGUCUUGUUUAUUCAGGAAGUGUACAUGGCUUAUAUAGAGUCAAAGAGGACGUGGCCUUACAGGAUGGGCCAGCUUGAAUCUUCUCAUAUGCCAUGGGCCUAUCAGACUAGCAGGAAGUCAUACGUAGGCACAUAGGUAAGUGGACAUGAUGUGAACAAGAGGGGAUUAUGGGAGAUGUAGGCUGAAGCAGGAAGGUGCUUACAUCAUGUGCACUGUAGGCAAGGGGAGGAUCAUGGGAAAUGUAGGCUGACACACAAUGCCCUCAGGUGGGAGGGGCAGGACAUCGGCACCCAUUCUGAGCCACUCCCUACAUCUCUUCCCUUAUUAUUAUAUAUUUUUAAGAGUAUGGCAGGCCCUGGGAGGACAGCACCUGUCUUGGGUCAAGGACUCCUCAUAUGAACCCAAUGGAGCCUUACCUGUUGUGGGCCUGCAGGACAGCAGUUGGUCCUGGGCCUGUCUUAGGUGGCCGAUGGCGUAACAGAUGUGUCCUAGUUGCCGGUCUCUGGCUGCCUGUCCAGUGCCUCGGCAGUAGGGCCACAUCAUUAUGUGGACCAUUGGUGGAAUUUUUUUCCCGAUAAGUUUGUUGUUCUGCCAUCUCCAAUUGAUGGUAAUAUACCUGAAUGGGCUUUGCCAUAAAUGUGUCAAUCCUGUUAUUAAUGAGCGUCAUGAUCCUCUGGAAAACACAAGGGCCUACAGUAAGGAAUACUAAUAAAGCAGCUAGGGGUCCCAAGAGGCGGGCAAUGUAAGGGGAAAGACCCCCCCCCACACACAUGGAGGAGAAGGUGGUUUGUCCGAGGUGCUCUUUUUCUCUCUCUUUGAGGUGUUCCCUUAGCUUAGUCAUGGACUCUUUGACAACUCCUGAGUGGUCGGCAUAAAAACAACACUCUUCCUUGAGGGCAGCACAUAAGCCACCCUCUUUCAUAAAUAGGAGGUCUAGCCCUCUUCUAUUCUGUAGGACUACCUCAAAUAGAGACGUCAGGGAUGCCUGUAGAGCCAUCACAGAUGUUUCUAUUUCUUUUAAAUCUUGAUCUACUGCUGCCUGUAAUUGAGCUAGAUGCUGAUUUCCUAACACUAGAGCUGUAGUCCCUGUUCCUAUUCCUGUUGCGACUCCUAACCUUAGUAAUACAGCCAAGGUGAGUGUCCCGGGUUCUCUCUUAUAUAUAUAGCUGGUCUGCAAUGCCUGGAGGUAGUAGUCUCCUGGGUGGAAUGUUAUGCGAGGAAGAACCUGUAUAAGAACACAAAAAUCUGUAGACUUGUUAAAAACAGUGGUUGCUAUACAGGGUGAAAGGCCAAAAUUGCAGGCCCAAGACGUUCCUGGGGGUGGAAUGAGGUAGUUAUUUGGCUUGAACUCAGAAUGAAGCUGGGCACAGAGUCAUGUUGCCAGUGUUGGUGGACGGCUGGAGUCCCCAAGACAAGUCCCUCUACCUGAGACGUCAGGGAGAGUCAGCUUGUGGUGAUUGCCCCAGUCACAGGCAGAUGAGCUAGAAGAACUGUUAAAGGUUAAAUUGAGGGCCUUUCCUUCAUAAUAUGGGGGAGGAGCAGCCAAGCAUAACCAACAGGAUUGGGUGAGAUCAGGUUGGGUAUGAUUUAAAGCCAUGUAUGCCCCUUUAAUCAAACUGAAUAGGUUAGAAUGUGAAUAUUGAGGGGCAGGUAUAUGAUCUGCCUGGUGUGGGGAGGCUUGAGAAACACUUAUGAUUGGAUGACUUACUGUGGUUUUUUGAACAGCAGUAACAGGAUCUGUAUUAGACUGAUUGUAUUUUGGAUUUGGAUUAUAUUUUGGCUUUAGAGCAGGAUUUGGGCCUAUGGGCAUGGAUGAAAUCUGUAGGGGAACCUUUUUUAUGAGAAUAAGAUUUCCCCUAUCUUUGCCUGACUCAUAGACUCGAAGUCCCCAGGUGCGUCCUGUCAGCCAGCCAGGGUCUUCAGGAGUGGUGACAGUGACGUUUAGAACCUGACAGGGUCUUUGAUUGGCCAGUGGGUAGUCAUCUAGGCUGCACCCCAGUGGCUCCAAUGUCAGUUUAAGGUGUUUUUCGGGGAAGGUGAGUUGCCAUCCUGUUGCAACUAUUUUGCAGCCCCAAUGAGCACAAAAAUAUUCUCCCAGGGAAUUACAAUAUGAUCUGUCCCCUGUUGCUGUGGGGCAAAGGUAGAAUUGACUUUGUCUGGGACACUGGAGCCCCAGAAAGAACCAACAGGGUGUGGGCGCAAACCAUGGACUUCCUGAUCCUAUCGAAGUCCAAAACACCUCUUGGUCUUUCCAGUGACUAAGCUCCCAUAUCCAGGGUAGAUAGGGUGGUAUGGAGGAGGGAGCAUGGCAGCACCAUUUUGAGUAUCGGGGCAGUGCACACCAUUUUGAGUACCCUCGGGGCCUCCAGAAAAAGGAAGUGGUAGCAAGUUGCCAUCUUGAAAAAGCUCCAGGAUAUCAAGAACCACAGAGCUGGGAGGGCUGGGUGUUUUAGAUAAGUCCUGUGGUUGCGGAGUACAAUUGCGGGAGGCAGAUAAUGCAGCCUCACCUUGGGCAAGUGUCUCCAUGAUCUGGGGAUCUGUGUGACGUUGCGUCAGCAGCUCAGAGAUUAGUGUCUAAUAUGAAAAGGCAGUUACCGGAAUCUUUUUUGGGCCAAAAACCCCAUAAUAGUCUUUGAGAGCAUCUCCUACUCUUUUCCACCUGUUUAAACGAUGGUGCCCUCUAGAGGGAACCAUGGACACACUGAAUGUAUAAACUGAAAGUACUGAAGCAAGUCUUUUGUUUUAUUCACGAACAAUUCGUGCUCACUAAGUGCUUGCCCCAUGCUAAUCCCGUUCACCUACUGUGAUUCAGGUGAGACAUAAGGUGGCCGUCUGCACAGAUCACAGAAACGAAGUCCCGAAACAGUCACGCCGGCUGGCGCUUUACCCCCGUGAAUGGUCCGUUAUCCCGCGUGCCAGGUCUGCCCCACGUUGGGUGCUACUUGAUCCGUCCCGCGGAUCGGUCUGUGGGCCUUGCCUGGAGAAGGGACGAGGAUGAAGGGCUGGGCAAGAGAAAACAGAGACGGAGACAGGAUGAGAUUCCAAUCGGGUCUCAUUUAUUCAGGAAGUGUACAUAGCUUAUAUAGAGUCAAAGGGGACGUGGCCUUACAGGAUGGGCCAGCUUGAAUCUUCUCAUAUGCCAUGGGCCUAUCAGACUAGCAGGAAGUCAUACUUAGGCACAUAGGUAAGCGGACAUGAUGUCAACAAGAGGGGAUUAUGGGAGAUGUAGACUGAAGCAGGAAGGUGCUUACGUCAUGAGCACUGUAGGCAAGGGGAGGAUCAUGGGAAAUGUAGGCUGACACACAAUGCCCUCAGGUGGGAAGGGCAGGACAGCGGCACCCAUUCUGAGCCGCUCCCUACAAUUCUGUGCAUAUUUAGAAAGAUCAAGGACCACUGUGCCCUGAUGAGGACCAUCCAGGACUGCUCAGGAUGGGUUCACCCCAUCCUCAAUCCUCAUAGCACUGGCCUCUCUCAGGUGAAUAACGGGUUAAGUGAGUUUGUGUUCUCCAAGGCUGGCGCCUCCUCUCUACCUAAGUCAGUGGCUCUCAGGAUACAGACCCUUGUGUCUGGCUAAAGAGAGACAGUGUCACCCAGUGGUAGAGAGCACAGACCCUGGACACAGCUGGCCUGGCCUCAGAUUCUAGUUCUGCCACUUAAGAAUGGCAUCACCAGGCAAAUGACUUUCAGCCUCUCUGCCUCCCUAUCCUGGUCCACAGGACAAGAGAAUGGGAGUACAGCUUCUAAAGGAUAGUUCCAAGGAGUAGUGAGAUCACUGAAGACACUUCCUGACUUACGAGGCAUGAUUGAAAUAUAGGGUGACUGUUUAAAUCUUUAAAAAAUUCAUUACACUGAAAGACACGUUGCCACACAUUGCCCAGAACCCUCCCUUGCCCUUUGAAUGCAUUUAACCUGUUCUUGCGACUUUCUAAAGCAGCCUAGACUGUGUCUUGUAGCGUGCGAAUUUUCUUUAAAAAUGGAACCAUUCAGUGUGUAUUCCUAUCCAACCUCAUGGGACGUGGUUACUUCUCACUAAGCCAUGGUAAGUCAAAACUGUCACAGAUUGAAGUGACACUGAGUUUGUCUAAUCUGUGGGAUGUCACAGCUUAGCGACAUGGCACACUGCCGAGAAGUAGGUUUUCCCUGUUGGUCACACAGCUGCCUAGACCUGUGCUGCUGUUCUGGUCCAGCAUCAGUAAGAAAAUACUGUGCUGUGUUUCUCUAGUCUGGGAAGAGAUCUGCAUUUGAAACUCGGAGAACCAUUUCUACCAAGCCUGCAUUGCUUUCACCCUGUCAUGAAGUCGUAAGUGGAGCAAGCUUGGCGCCGCCUGUGUAGUGAGAGCCCUAGGACUGGAAGUGCGUGUGGCUCUUCCUGCCGGUUCAGUUCCUACUGUGGCUGCUGCGUGCAGCAUGGCUUCUAUUCGUGGUGGACAGAGGCAGAUGCAGUAAGCCCGUGACAGGUGCCAGCUGCCAGGCACACUGCAGACAGAAGCAGGCGUCUCAGCCCUGCCCUCAGGGAGCUUGCACUGCAGCCAAAAACUGCAGCCCAUGGUUCAGGUGGUGAAAAGGGGGCAUAAACAAAGCGUGAUGAGUGACACAUGUGGAGGGCUGUCUACCGUGUCUGGUAACUUGGGAGCCCACCACUGAGGGCUUUGUAAACACAGAGACUCGGAUGCCCAGGAAGGUGGGUAUGGGCACCUCCCAUGGAGGAAGCAGCAUGUGUGGAGGUGCACGGGUGUGAGAGAUGAUGGCAGUCAUCUUCACAGUUGGGCAUAGCUGCACAGGGAGCCAAGCAAGCCCUUGGUGCCUAUAGGAGAUGCCACACCUAUGUCCCAGACUCACUGCCAC